AUGAUGACACCGUCGCGAUGCGGUUGGGACCGAUGCCGCCGCCUAGCUAGCGUUCUAGCUGGUCUGUUGCUCAUGGGGAGCGUUGGCUCCAAUCACUCGAUCUCAGUAUGGAACGCGCAGCUCCAGACGCUGCUGGGCUUCUCCGAGGCGGGUAUCUCGUUCGUCUGCUCCAUGGCAUCCUUUGGCGCCUACUUCUCCGUGAGUCCAGGAUUCGUCUUCGACCGCAUCGGUGCCCAUCGCAGUGUUUUGCUGGGCGGUUCUCUGCUUGCUGCCAUCUACAUUGGUCUCUAUGCUGGACUGGUGACGUUUCCGGGGGCCAUGACACCCCUGGGUGUGGGUAUCGCCUUCGCAGUGCUCGGCCAGGCUACCAACUUCGGCGUAUUCGCGGCACUGGGGCCGAAUGAAGACCUCUUUGGACCAGAGAACCGCGGCAAGGUCAUGGCACUGGAGUUUGCAGCCUUUAGCGCUGGUGGCGCGUUGUUCGCGGAGCUCUACAAGCAUUUUUUUGAUGGGAAAGUGCCUCUAUACUUUCGGUUCAUGGGGUGUUUGAUGCUGGCGGUGUUUCUGGUGGCCUGGGUUACGCUGUAUCGCCCUGCCAACGACGACUCAACUCACGUCAUAACUGCUGCUCCACCUAUUCAUGCACUGGACGAAUUUAUGCCGCCGGAGACAUCGAUCUUGAAGUCUACUUUUGACCUUGAGGAUAGUUGUCAGCUCAUUUCUACGGCCCAACCUGACAUCACUGGCCGUGAUAUCCUGACCGACUCACGCUUCUGGUUACUGUUCUCUACCGUGUUCAUACUGGUGGGAUCAUCGCUAUUUGUCAUGGCAAAUAUUGCGUUUAUUGUCGAGUCUCUUGGUGGUCCGAUGGAGCAGGUCUCGACCAUGGUAGCGCUCUUCUCCGUUGGCAACUGCUGCGGCCGUGUAGUGGCCGGCAUCAUAUCCGACAGAAUGUUGCAUCGCGUUCCUCGGAUCUAUUUCGUAAGUCUGGCUUCUGUUCUCGUAGGCGCCAUCCACACACUUUUCCUGGUCAUUCCUCGCGCGUACCUGGUCGUCCCCAUUACGCUGGCAGGUAUCGCCGACGGCGUCAUGUUCGCUGCAUUCCCCGUACUAACACGCGAGACUUUCGGUGCGCGCCACUUUGGAAAGAAUUUCGGCCUCAUCAGUGUCGCAAAUGCUGUAGGAUUUCCGCUGUUUUACAACCCCAUAGGCUCAUUCGUGUACAGUUUAUCGGCCAAACCCGUGAAUGGCGUCCAGAAGUGUCUUGGAGACGAUUGUUUUCGGCCUGUGUUCCUACUAGUGAUAGCACUGAGUAUGGUGUCACUCGUAGCGAGUCUCAAGUUCGCGUCGCGCCAGCAUUACGUCCGCUUAUCGUAG